AUGGAGAACUCCAGCUCCUCAACACUUCCACGAAAGAAGGCCAAGACUGGGGUGAAGAAAACUGGGGUAAAGAAGACGGGAAAGAAGUCCACUGGCAAGAAAAAGCCAACUUCGUCUACCAGUGCAGUUCACCUUGCCGCUCCUUAUAAUCCUUAUCCCGCGAACACUCAGUAUGCACCGAAUUAUGCGCCUCUUCCACAGACGGUGGUUAUUGAGAAACCAACGGUUGUCUCCUAUCUGCUGGCAAUCAGUCUCGGUCUUUAUAUUCUGACGAGCUGCGCCUGGACAAUGGCAGAUUACAACAACACCUACCUCGCUGAGCUCUCAACAAACGCGACCUACGAUAUCUCACUUCGGGUGGGCUACUUUGGAGGAUGUCUAUCAGUCACCGAUGCAGCUGCCGUCUCCUCUUCCGAUGGCAAUUCCUCCGCACAAACAUUCACCAACUGUGUCUCGAACAUGCGCCGAAAGGAUCUGGACGACCUAAGCGAAGAUCUUUGGGAGCACCUAGACCACGAAGUCUCUGGUGCUCAAUCCGACGUUCAAACUUUUCUGAACACCACCCUCCCACAAUUCAAACACCUCCAAAAUGAUGUCUUCUUCUGUGAGCCUCCUCUCGUUCAUGCCCUCCUAUUUUUCAUCUCGGGAAUUAUGCUCCUCGUUGCUCGUACGGGCACAUCCAAGAGGAAGUCGUACAAGGCAAUGUUAGUGAUCGCAAUCACUUUCAGUGCCUUCUCGCUUGCCCUCGCUCUAGUGACCGUUCUCGGUACUCUACAGGGCAUGAAUGCGUUGCUUGACACUUCUUCAUCUGGGGAGCAAAGAGAUCUUGGUGAUUCCUUGUAUAUAUCCCGUGGCAAAAGAAUGCUGGGGUACCAGGGAGCUCUUACUGGUAUUGUCGGUGUAUUCUAUAUCUCGAUGGGGGUGCUCUUUGUGCAGCGGACGCCAGAGGGAGCGGCUGGUACUGAAAAUGGAGGCUAUGAGUUCAAAGAGCCUCCAUAA